UCAUGAGAAGCUGGGGAUAAAACCCGAAUAGAUUCUUACCAAGACAACAAACGGAGGCCAGCAGCCCUCACGACAAGUACAGACCUCCAACGGUCUUCAUCAAGGCAACAUAGGGAGGCCAGCAGCCCUCACGACAAGUACAGACCUCCAACGGUCUUCAUCAAGGCAACAUAGGGAGGCCAGCAGCCCUCACGACAAGUACAGACCUCCAACGGUCUUCAACAAGGCAACAUAGGGAGGCCAGCAUCCCUCACGACAACUACAGACCUCCAACGGUCUUCAUCAGGGCAACAUAGGGAGGCCAGCAUCCCUCACGACAAGUACAGACCUCCAACGGUCUUCAUCAAGGCAACAUAGGGAGGCCAGCAGCCCUCACGACAAGUACAGACCUCCAACGGUCUUCAUCAAGGCAACAUAGGGAGACCAGCAUCCCUCACGACAAGUACAGACCUCCAACGGUCUUCAUCAAGGCAACAUAGGGAGGCCAGCAGCCCUCACGACAAGUACAGACCUCCAACGGUCUUCAUCAAGGCAACAUAGGGAGACCAGCAUCCCUCACGACAAGUACAGACCUCCAACGGUCUUCAUCAAGGCAACAUAGGGAGGCCAGCAGCCCUCACGACAAGUACAGACCUCCAACGGUCUUCAUCAAGGCAACAUAGGGAGGCCAGCAGCCCUCACGACAAGUACAGACCUCCAACGGUCUUCAUCAAGGCAACAUAGGGAGACCAGCAUCCCUCACGACAAGUACAGACCUCCAACGGUCUUCAUCAAGGCAACAUAGGGAGGCCAGCAGCCCUCACGACAAGUACAGACCUCCAACGGUCUUCAUCAAGGCAACAUAGGGAGGCCAGCAGCCCUCACGACAAGUACAGACCUCCAACGGUCUUCAUCAAGGCAACAUAGGGAGGCCAGCAUCCCUCACGACAAGUACAGACCUCUAACUUGUAGAAAUCAGUGUUAGCUUUCCUACAUUACUAGGGGAAAGUUUCUGGUCAAUAGCCACUCCAGAAUAUCUUACAUGAUUUUAGAAAAAAUGCCUGAGGCAGAGAGAAAAGAGAGCUUCAAAAGUGUUAAGAUGGUGGAGCUGACGACGCUGGAGCUGGAGCAGCAGUUCGCUGAAGUGAGACUCCUGAAGGAGACUAACAACGUCAAGGUCUUCGGCGCGAGAUGCCUUCAGCCCCUCUUCACCAGUGUCGCUCUCAAGUGUGUACAGAAGAACGCCACCAAGAAGAAAGACUUCCACAGAGAGUUCCACUACAACUAUAACCUAGGUCUUCACCCAAAUAUUAUUUCGUGUCGCGCAGAAGCCUUCGAAACCAAUAGCUCCUACAUGUUUACUCAAGAACUUGCCCCAGAAGGUGACCUCUCAAAGUUCAUCAAGAAAGGUGGCCUUAGAGAGCAGCAUGCUAAGAGUGUGACUAAACAAGUUACCUCUGCCUUAGAAGUUAUACACAAGAGAGAUCUGGUUCAUGGUGAUGUUUGCACAGAAAACAUCUUCGUUUUUGACCGAGAACUCUCACUAGUUAAGUUGGGUGACUUCAGCAAGACCCAGCAAGAGGGAGCACUGGUGAAGAAGUUAAAGGUUGGAUCACCUUGGGCACCACCAGAAGUGAGUGUGGCCGUGUAUAACGAAGGUUAUCACGUCCACAGUAGCCAGGAUGCCUGGCAACUCGGCAUCCUCAUCUUCGUGUGCCUGACUGGUUCAUAUCCUUGGUCUUCGGCCGAUAUCACAGACCAUCACUACAACUCCUGGGUGGCCUGGCUCAAGCGUAAGACCACUAAGACGCCACGACGCUUCCGUUGCUUUACCCCUCGCCUUCUUCGCCUUCUGCGUCGCCUCCUACAUCCAAAACUUGUGAAUCGAACUGGUGUGAGGGAAGUGGUCAAGUAUCUCUCUGAACCCUGGCUUUUAACUAACGUAUCUUCAAAUGUAACUAUAGACAGCAGUUCGUCAGAAUUCUUGGGAGCCAGUAAAAUAUCUCUAUUUUCUCGCUCAGAAAGUAAAGUGGUUGAGAUUAUCAGUUCCUAUUUACAUCGCUAUAGGUCAAUGAAAAGAUAGAAGACUUCUUGUGCCUCCCGGAGUUGUAGCAGGCAAGGUUGUCGGCGCCUGACUGACGAAGUUCUCCCUGCACGUCUUCAGAGUGACCAAAAAUCCAUGUGAUCUAGCUGGUUGCUGGGGCCACCAGCAUGUCAGGUAUCAGGGUGCUGGAGUCACUAGCAUGUCAGGUAUCAGGGUGCUGGAGUCACUAGCAUGUCAGGUAUCAGGGUGCUGGAGUCACCAGCAUGUCAGGUAUCAGGGUGCUGGAGUCACCAGCAUGUCAGGUAUCAGGGUGCUGGAGUCACACAUGUCAGGUAUCAGGGUGCUGGAGUCACCAGCAUGUCAGGUAUCAGGGUGCUGGAGUCACCAGCAUGUCAGGUGUCAGGGUUGCUAAAAGUUGUAUGAUACACAGGUUUACCACGCUGCCUGGAUACCGAGGCUCGCCUCGCCUCAACUCACAACUAACUCACAGUAUGGAAGUACAAACCAGUUGAUGUAUCGAUCUGUUCUGACCCAAUAUUAAGCCGUGAAUGUGAAUGACUUGUUAGCUGUGAAUUCUUCCAGCCGCGAUAUAGUGUGCAUUGUUCCAGCCACGGUAUCGUGUGCAUUGUUCCAGCCACGGUAUCUUGUGCAUUGUUCCAGCCACGGUAUCGUGUGCAUUGUUCCAGCCACGGUAUCUUGUGCAUUGUUAAAGCCACGGUAUCUUGUGCAUUGUUCCAGCCACGGUAUCUUGUGCAUUGUUCCAGCCACGGUAUCUUGUGCAUUGUUCCAGCCACGGUAUCGUGUGCAUUGUUCCAGCCACGGUAUCUUGUGCAUUGUUCCAGCCACGGUAUCGUGUGCAUUGUUCCAGCCACGGUAUCUUGUGCAUUGUACCAGCCACGAUAUCGUGAAUUUCAUGCAUCAUAUUUUACAAGGACCAAUCUUAUCAGAUAAUUUCACUAAUAUAAAUGUUUGUUCCUAUAGACAUAAGCCGAGCAGGGUGACCAAAGAAGGAAUCACAUUCACCGUGAUUCAAUCAAUAGCUGACUUACCAGAAGUGAACAGACAACAUUGUUCUUUGAUCUGUGACUUACCGUAUAUUGUUUUUUGUGUAUGUUUGUUUAUUGUAUUUUAAUGUAUAUUGUAUUGUAUUAUCAUCACCCUUGAAGGAAAGUGAAAUGUUAAUAUGAAUUUUCUACA